AUGGCGGGCUCUGCGAAGAAAGCGACCAAGAAGUUUGGGAAGAAGCACCUCAGGGACACCAUUGAUCGCCGAAGGGAGUUCACAAAGAUCAAACAGCGGCAUCAGCUCCAGGACAAGAAAAAGGCUAAGAAUGCAGCGAGACAGGCUGCCCAAGCAGAUGAAAAUGGAGCUGGGGAAAUAGCUGAAAAAGAAAAUGGAUUCGCAGCGAUGGAUGUCGAUGACUUUUUCGCCGGCGGCUUCGAUAUCCCGGGAAGCAAAACCAAAGAAACGGUCGAAAGCCAAGGACGUUUCCGCCGCAGACAGGGAAACGGAAGAGGGAGGAGCAUAACGAGGAUGAUAAAACAUCUGAAGGGAGGUGAAGAUGAAGGAGCUCGGGACGAGGACAGUGCCGGUGAUAGCGGGUUCGAAAGCGAGGCCGGAGACCUCGACGCUCACAUUGGCGAACUCGAAGCCCUCAAGGAGAAAGAUCCCGAAUUCUACAAAUAUUUGAAAGAAAAUGACGCUGAACUCCUGGAUUUUGGGGAGCAUGGCGAUCUCGCCGAGGUAGACGAGCUAAGCGAGAAAAGUGAAGUAGAAUCGCCGCGAAAGAAAACGAAGAAAGGGAAGCCGGAGGAGCAGAAGUUGGACAGAAAUCUACAAAUCUCCACUGUUCAUCAAUGGCAAAAAUCAAUGCUCCAAUCCAACUCGUUGAGAGCCACUCGCCAGGCUGUCCUGGCCUUCCGAACGGCUGCGUAUGGAGACGAGACCGAUUCGCAAGACCGCAAGUUUACCAUCUCUGACCCCGAGGUAUACCAUCAAGUGCUUGUUACCGCUCUAGAACACGUUCCAAAGAUUUUGAACCAUCAUAUACCUAUUAAGGAGACGGCGAGUGGAAAAGUUAGAGUGUCGCUGGAAUCCGGGAAGUUUAAGGCCUUGACACCUCUCAUCAAAUCGCAUACCUCGUCGAUACACGAACUUUUAACGAAUUUAUCCGACGCCGCCGCAUUGAGAUUGACAUUGUCAUCGGUAACUCCGAUGCUUCCGUACCUUUUGCAAUUUCGAAAAUUACUCAAAGUUUUGAUUAAAGCGAUUGUGGGACACUGGUCAGAGUCUUCUAACUCAGAAGCCACCAGAAUAUCGGCUUUCUUAGUACUCCGCCGAUUAAUGGUGAUUGGAGAUGCUGGCAUUCGUGAGGCUGUCUUGAAAUCGACGUAUGAAGGGAUCAUCAAAGGGAGUCGAAACACCACCGUGCAUACCCUGGCUGGAAUCAAUCUAAUGAAGAACUCUGCAGCGGAGCUUUGGGGUCUAGAUCAAGAUAUCGCAUACACUACAGGGUUCACGUCUAUCCGCCAGCUGGCGAUUCAUUUGCGAAGCAGCAUUACGAAUCCCACAAAGGAUUCCUACAAGAAAGUCUACAAUUGGCAGUAUGUCCACUCGCUCGACUUCUGGUCGCGUGUUUUGUCCGCACAUUGCGAUUCCAUUGUAGAGGCCAAGGCAGGCAAACAAUCUGCGUUGCGACCCCUUAUCUACCCGGUUGUGCAAAUUAUUGUCGGGGCAAUGCGCCUAAUCCCUACCGCACAAUAUUUUCCCCUGCGUUUCCAGAUGAGCCGUUCUCUCCUUCGUCUGUCUCUGGCAACCGGAACAUACAUCCCUCUCGCCUCCGUUUUGUUAGAAGUACUUCAAUCUGCGGAGAUGAAAAGCCCUCCAAAGGCAAGCACAAUGAAACCACUGGAUUUUUCGACCUGUAUCCGCGCACCAAAGGCAUAUUUGCGAACCCGCAUCUAUCAGGACGGUGUUGCCGAAGAGGUCUCGGAACUAUUAUCGGAGUUCUUUGUUCUGUGGACAAAAAACAUAGCGUUCCCCGAGCUUUCCUUACCUACGGUGGUCAUGCUUAAACGGUGGUUGAAAGAGGUUUCUUCUCGUUCGCUAGGAAAUAAGAACGUCAAAAUCAACCAAACGUUUGUUUUACUGGUACAAAAGCUGGAAGCUAAUAGCCGUUGGAUCGAAGAGCGGAGGUCAAAGGUUACGUUCACGCCCAAAGACCGUGCAGAAGUGGAGCGCUUCUUAAAAGACGUUGAAUGGGAGUCGACGCCAUUAGGUGCCUUUGUUAAGACCCAACGAGCGCAAAGAACAGAACGGGCAAAAUUGCUCGAGAGAAGUCGGAGAGAGGAACGCCAAAGAAAGGCGGAAGAAAGCGAAGAAGCGGACCAGGCUAUGACAGAUGUUGACAGCGAGGAUGAAGCAUCGAGUGAGGCUGCCUAA